UUAUAUUUACGUUGGCUGCCAUCCUCCCUCGACACGUGGACCGCGCCCGUGAUCGCAUACGCGCCCAUCGUCGUCUUCUCUCUCUCGCUCUCGUGUCGCCCGUCGCUCUCUCUAGGGUUUCACAAGAGGCCAGGCCGAGGCGUCCUUCUCCUCCGCGCAGGUAAAAGAGAAAAAGGAAGGAACUUGGAUGGUCUCUGGUCGAAUUCCGGUUACGUCGUUGCCUCUUAGUUUGUCCGAUCUCUGUGGCUCAGCGUUUCUUGGCAUCCUGGGCGGUGUUUCAGGGAUUUGAUAUGCUUUCCAUCGAAUUUUGGUUUUCACCUCUCAAUUUGUCACUUUGAGAGAAGUCCUGACUUCUAUCGUGUCUUUGUUCAGACAAUAUCAAAUGCUUUUCCUGCAAGGAAUCCGGCUUUAUGUUAUGUUCAGCUCAAUACUAUAGUAGCCAAAACUGUGAAGAGCACUUUGGCCAUGGAACAGCCACCUCAACCAUCUCAGCCUGUGAUCGGAAUUGUUUCUGGUGCCGCCCAAAGAGCAUAUGCUGCUCCUGCCUACCAGCCAGCUGCAAUGGUUACUGGAGCUCAAGCAGUAACAGGAGCCAUGCCUCACCUGACACAACUUACCUCAGCAUAUCCUAUUAACCCAGUCAAUCUUGCAAGCCCGCAUCAGCUUGUUUACCAGCAGGUCCAACAGUUCCAGCAUCAGCAACAGCAACAACUCCAAUCCUUUUGGACCAACCAGAUGUCAGAGAUAGAACAAGCCGCUGAUUUCAAGAACCACAGCCUACCGCUCGCCCGGGUAAAAAAGAUCAUGAAGGCUGAAGAGGAUGUUCAUAUGAUAUCGGCUGAUGCCCCUGUAGUAUUUGCCAAGGCAUGCGAAAUGUUUAUACUGGAACUGACACUCCGGUCAUGGAUCCACACUGAGGAGAACAAGAGGAGAACCCUGCUGAAGAAUGAUAUAGCUGCUGCUAUAUCCGGGACUGACAUAUUUGACUUCUUGGUCGAUAUAGCUCCGAGGGAUGAGUUAAAUGGUGACGGCCUUGGGCUUGCAAGAGCCGGAGCUCCUGCCGAGUCAAUUCCUUAUUACUAUCUACCGGCAUCACAGAUGACAGGUUCUGGAAUGAAUACAGGAAAGCCUAUAGGUCAAACGACUCGUUCAGUGGCUUAUAUGUGGCAGCAGCCUCAGGCACAACAGUUGCCGGUGCAGCAUCUCCAGCAGGCAACCGAUGGUGAGUGAGCUAAUGUGUCUUCAGGGAUCUUUUUGAGAUACUACUCUUUAACUUGUCCACUGUAUAAAUCGUUGGUGCUUUUUAGACCUCAAUGCUCUUGCUUCUUUUGCAAGCAUUCAUCCUGCAGUAAUGUUCCUUCGAAGAUCAAGUUUGGUCUUUUUAUUGUCGCCCUUUGUUUGUUCA